GUUUUUCCAAGUAGAAAAGAUUAUCAUUAGGACGAAAAAGCAGCUUCCUCUUUCACCGGAGUCCAACCAAGACGGCUGAUGUUUUUCUUUGGGUUCAGCAUUUUAACUUUGAAGUGAAUUGGAAAAAGAAGUCACGGGGUUUUGGUGGGCCAAGUGCGGUUUGGCUCUGCACUCCACGUAAGAGUCCCACUUUAAUGCUACUCUUAGUUUUCAUUAAACCUGCUUUCUUUUAUCUUUCCUCUUUCUUGGUUUCCUUCCAAUUCCAUAAACGUAAGAGCGAGGACAGCCCGCACCCGCAAUCCCAGCUGUCUCUCUUUGUUUUCCCCUCUCUGUUCCCACUUCACACCAAAACACUCUAGAAAUUACGGACAGCCAAGCCGAAGGCCUUGCACGUUGUUCAAGUUCUCUACCAAUUUGCUGAUUUAGUCUUGUGAAACUGCUCUAAACCAAUAUGACUAUCGAGAUAAAAUAUCUGGAUUGGGCGCUAGUCCCAAUCGGGAUUCUUUUAAUGUUGGCAUACCAUCUUUGGCUUCUCUAUCGAAUCGUCAAACAUCCCACCAAGACUGUAAUCGGCGUCAACGCCAUCAACCGCCGCUUCUGGGUUCGCGCUAUGAUGGAGGACGUGGCAAAAAAUGGGGUUUUGGCUGUGCAAACGCUGAGAAACAACAUAAUGGCAUCGACCCUUUUGGCAUCGACGGCGAUCAUGCUGAGUUCGCUCAUCGCCGUCUUGAUGACAAGCAGUAGCGGUAAUAGAUCGUCUUGGUUCGUGUUUGGAGACCGAAGCAACCUCGCAUUUUCCAUCAAGUUUUUCUCAAUAUUGGUUUGCUUCCUGGUGGCCUUCUUGCUCAACGUGCAGUCCAUCAGGUAUUACAGCCAUGCUAGCAUUCUCAUCAAUGUGCCUGUGAAGAAGAUGUCCCAGCAUCAGCGCCAUCACCAUCUUACCGUUGAAUACGUUGCCACCACUGUGAACAGGGGCAGCUAUUUUUGGUCUUUAGGACUACGUGCGUUUUACUUCUCGUUCCCUCUUUUCUUGUGGAUCUUUGGGCCUCUUCCUAUGGUUUUCUGUUGCAUUGCCCUCAUUUUCAUGCUGUAUUUCCUCGAUGUUACCUUCCAAUAUGGGGGGGCCGCUGGGGUUGUUGAUGACAAUAGCCACAAGGAUGAGGAAUUAGGGGGUUCGGGUCGAUCGUAAUCCCUGUAACUUCGUACAGCUAGGAAUACAGGAAAUGGUUGCGUCUGCCAAUUCGUUCAAUCCAAGUUGAAUCGAAUGGCUUUUCAUCAUUAUGGGAAAUAAAGUUGUUAACAAAUACCGUCGCAUACGCAUUUUAGUUUUCUAUCCUAAUCAUCAGUAACGAACACGGUUUGUUAAAUCAGAAUUGGGUUUUCAGCCUUUUCCCAUACAAAAAUGUGUCCAAGGAGAAUUGUUCCAUAAGAGGAAUGAAAAUUGGCAGGUUGCUUUCUUCUA